AUGAUCGCUGCACCAAAGAAUGCCUCAAAUGAAGUCAGCUCCACGGCGUUGUUGGGGACGGCCUGGAAUAUGGAAGUCCUAUCCCAGAUCCAUUUCUACGACUUCUGGUUGUUCCGUUUGCUUCUGAUUGUGCUUGGAUAUGCUUCGGUAAUGGUCCCGGGCUACUUUUUAGUCAAAUUUGUUGAGAGGAAAUGGAAAAGUACGCAAGAUUUAAGUCUUCUUCCAUUCACAAUGUCCACUCGAAAUGAAUCUCUGCUCUUCCAGAUGAAAGCCACUUCUUCAAAAAUAGUUUUGCUCUCAAUUUACUCCGUAAAUUUUCCGUUGGCCAGCCAGAAUACCGACUGAUUGAUAAUGGUGGUGGUAAACGGGAUGACAAUGGACGCAAGGUUGAUGGAAACGAAAGGAGAGAAUUCGCCCGUCGUUGUGGAGUCUUAUUGGUCGACUCAAUUGGGAUUCAAUUAACAUUGAUAUCCAUGGGAUUCUACCAGGAGAGGAUUAUGACCAGAAGUUAUUCGAGGUAUUAUGAGCUGGAGAGUGAGGGUGACAAGUUUGGAGAUGCCCAGUAUUUGGUUUUUGCGAACAGAAUUGUCGCAUUGGUCCUUGUCGUUUGUUAUUUGACUAUUAAUUGGGAGAAGUAAGUACUUUUUUUAAAUUUAUUUCAUGUCGUUCUAGGCAGCCCAUCCAUGUUCCUCCAUUUUACUCCCAUUCUUUCAUCUCCAUCUCCAACACUUUGUCCUCUUGGUGUCAAUACGAAGCCCUAAAAUACGUUUCAUUUCCUGCUCAGACAAUUUGCAAAGCCUCCAAGGUGAUACCUACAAUGUUGAUGGGUCGUGUUUUGCGAGGGGAGAAUUACUCCGCCUUUGAUUACAGUAUGGCACUGUUAUUGGCCGGUGGGGCCGGGACUUUUCUUUUAUCGAGCAUCGAUUACAAUGACCUUGAAGAACAAGAUGGCAUGUAUAUAAUGGGCGUGGUCUCGGGGAUAGUGCUCAUGGUCGGGUAUUUGACUUUUGAUUCCUUUACCCUGAAUUGGCAAAAGAAGUUAUUUGACACCAAGCCAAAGGUCUCUCCACAUCAGGUAUGUGGUCUAAUUACAACUGUUUAUUUUCCGAAACUACAGUAAUUUUUAAUUCAGAUGAUGCUGGGAGUGAAUGCCUUUAGUGCCAUCCUCUGUUUGGUGUCUCUCCUGGAGCAAGGGUCGCUUUUUUCAUCCACAAAAUUCGUUCUUCAACAUGCUGAUAUUGCUCGCGACAUUUUUUUAUUGUCAUUGUCUGGUGCUUGUGGCCAAUUAUUUAUUUACGUGACCAUUCAGAAGUUUGGUCCGGUGGUCUUUGCUGUUAUUAUGACUGUUAGACAGAUCCUGUCGAUUGUCUUAUCAUCCAUUUACUUCUCUCAUCAUCUUAAUUUUGUUGGAAUUCUUGGUCUUCUUGUAGCCUUUGGAUCAAUUUUAGUUAGUAUUUACGUCCGGUACAGGAAACAAAAAAGGAAAUCUGUAAAUUCGGCUUAA